AUGGCAGCAAGCACGGCGUGCGUGGUGGCGCAGUGCCUGAAGCCUGUUAUAGCGGCCGCAGCAGGGGACGGCUUCAACUGGCGCCUUGUCUUCAAGUCGGGCGGCAUGCCCUCCUCACACUCCGCUGUGCGUGCCCUCCCCCUCGCUCCCCUCCCUCGAUUGCUUCCCCGCUCCGCUGCUCCCUUGCUUCCCUGCUCCCCUGCUCUCCUCUUUCCCUGCUUUCUUGCUCCCCUUGCUUCUUCUGGAGCAUCGGACGCUCUCUUUGGAGCAUCAGUAGUGUUUGCCACCAUAGUCAUGUACGACGCCCAGGGGGUGCGGGGAGCAGUGGGGAAGCAAGCCCAGGUUGACUCGAUGGCGAUUCCACACACGGGCCCGAUAGACCCGGAGACGGACCCCGCGGUGCUGGCGCGCAUGCUUCCGCUCAACGUGCGCGCGGGCGGGCCGUUCGCGGACUGGAUCACGGGCGAGCGCGAGUGGUUCAACGUCAACUAUUACUUCGGCAAGGGCGGCAACGACCUGCUGGACACGCAGCGCAGCAACGACGUGAUCUGGGGCGGCGAGGGCGACGACGGGCUGUACGGCGAGGACGGCAACGACACCAUGAUGGGCGGCCCGGGGAACGACCUGCUUUGCGGGGCCCCAGGGCGGGACAUCAUAUACGGCGAGGAGGGCGACGACACAGUGCUGGGCGACCCGUGUGGCAUAGGGAACAUCUGUGAGGGGCCGCAGGUGGUCUACAACGACUGGAUCCACGGCGGGCCGGGCAAGGACGUGCUGAACGGGCAAAAGGGCGACGACGAGAUCUAUGGUGGCACGGGCAAUGACAGGUUGUUCGGCGGAGAAGACAAUGACUAUCUGAACGGCGAGGAGGGCAACGAUGCGCUGUUUGGGGAGGCUGGUGACGACUACCUGGUGGGGGGUCCGGGCAAUGACACGCUCUAUGGCGCCGCUGGCACUGAUACGCUUACGGCGGCCCUGGAUAUGGCAGACACAGUCUCCUUCCGCACUGGCGGGCCUCCUCCUUUCUUCUCUCAAAUCUCAUUCUUCCAAGCACCUCCUCCUUCCUUGUCCCCCUUCUUGCUGGUGCUGGUUUCUGCAGACAUCUUGAGGGGUGGCGGCGGCACCAACAUAUUCGUUGUGGACGCCCAGCCAUGUGGUUCCUUCGACCAGAUCCGAUACUUUGAGUCAGUGCACCGCACCUACUUCCUCUCCUCCCAACCACUCCCCAUUCUUUCAACCAUUACCCUCCUCCUCCUAACCAGCCCUCCUUACACUCCCCUUCCCUCGCUCCCACCUCCUUUGACACAGUUUCAUCUUUCUUUCUCGACUGGUAUUCACUGCUCCUUCCUACUUAUACCACGUGAUCCCCCCACUCACUCUCCUCCUCGCAGGCCCAAGAAUGGCGAUCAGGUUAUUGUGGUGGCAGGAGGAGGAGCAGCAGGCAGGGAGCUGCUCAAGAAAGGCAGAGCGGUGAGGCUGGGUGCUGUGGUGUGUGCUGUGGUGGGUGCUGUGGUGUGUGCUGUGGUGUGUGCUGUGGUGUGUGCUGUGGUGGGUGCUGUGGUGUGUGCUGUGGUGUGUGCUGUGGUGUGUGCUGUGGUGUGUGCUGUGCUUGUAGCAGUGACAGUGCAGACAGUGAAGCACGUGACAGGCAUCUACGUGCAGGGGUGUGCAAAGCCCAUAGCGGUGUUCACAGGGGUGGACAGUCCGCCUGCGCCCAUCGCCAAGGCGCUCAAGCUACAGGCCAACCCCCCGCCGCCGCCCUCCUGGGUUGUGGGCUACAUCCCGCCGCCCAUCCCGGGCAAGAACGGAGUGCCGCCCAUCCCCCCGGACAACGUGCUGCAGGGCAGUCCGUUUGGGGACAACCUGUACGGGCUCAACCACUCCAAGGAGAUUGGCAACUUCAUGUUUGGGCUGUCCCUGAAUGACAAGCUGGUGGGGGGCCCAGGGCCGGAUGUGAUACUGGGGGGCAACCACAACGACACCAUCAUUGGGGGCGCGGGGGACGACCGACUGUCGGGCGGGUCAGGAUACGAUUUGAUUCUGGGCGGCGCGGGCCGGGACGCUCUGUUUGGCGGGCACAACGUGGACAUUCUUUACGGAGGAGGAUGGGGCAAUUGGAUCACUGGAGGGGACUCCUCAGAUAAGAUCUACGUGGAUGCGCCCAGCAGCUGCCAGGCCACGGAGCCCGCCCCUGAUGUCAUCAACGACUAUGACACGGACAAGAUAUUCAUCGUGGGCACACUCACAUCCCUCUCGCAACUCGCCAUCGCCACCAUUGCCUCUGGCACCACCGUCGCUCUCAAGGGGUGUGGUACGCCAUUUAUCUUUGUGAGAGGGGUCUCCAACCUACCCACUGCCAACAUCUUCUUCACUACCCCG